UAGCAGCCUAAGCCACCACGAAACCGUGAGCCGUGGACAGUGUGGAUGCCCAAUGAGGCAAGUUCCAACCUCCGAUCCAGAUGAGGCCGGGAGAGGUAUAGCAAGGGACACGAAAAGGAAGUACAAUGAAUUGGAGCUGUCUCUGGCGCAGAUGGCGCGUCCUGGAACAAUAUGGGACAGGUUAAGAGACAGCUGUUGGAUCUACGGUGUGUCCGCUGUUGCAGUGCUGGCAGUUUUAGCUGCGUUCUGUGUCUAUAUUCAGCCCUGGAACAGAUUGAAGGGGGAUAUGCGUGCGUCUCCAUACAUGGCAUUUCAGGACAAAGAGCUUCAGUGCCACGAGGGAUGCAGGCAGCAUGAUCUGGCGAAUUCAAUGUGUCUUCAGGAAUGCCUUCCUGAGAAAUUGAAUUGCAUGAGCUCAGAAUGUGAUGGGAUGAGCGCUGAUUCCACGGAGUACUCCUAUUGCGCUUUGGAUUGCCACUCUUCAGUGUGUGAGAACAAAUGCUCUGACGUUGGUCGACGCGCUUCGCUUUGCCACUUGUCCUGUGCACCUGACAUGAGGACAUUAGUAGAGGAUCCCCCCUGUGUCAGGAAGUGCAAUGCACAGCAUGACAACUCCUGCAUGGGUGGAUGUGCUGAGAGCACCAAAAAAUGCUUGAACACGAAGUGCGUUGGCAACACGCAAGAGGAAUACAGUAUGUGCCAAGAAGAAUGUGAAUUGAACAGCUGCGGUCGUGAUUGCCAGGCUUCCAACAAGGCCUUUGCUGAAUGCACCUCUCACUGUUACCCCGCAAAUCCUUCAGGCCAAAAUGCUGUCUUUGUGCCUCCAUCUGUGCAAGCAGCAGACAAUGCUUUCCUUCGCACGAGCCACUGCAAGAAGUUCUGUAGACUCUCCGAUCAUCGUCAUACGCUGUGUAUGCACCAUUGUGGACCAAAGAUUACGAAAUGCGUGCAGACCCAAUGCCCAAAUGCAGUGCCGGAAUCAGAUCUGCAGAAGAAAUGCAUGGCAUCCUGUGAAAAGUCCUCUUGUGGAGAUGCGUGCCUCCAAACCUUUAACCAGGCAAAGCACUGCUACCAGGACUCAUGCAAUCCUGAUCAUGCAUCCGCUUGCAACAAGAGAUGCCAGGCCAAGCAUGAUGAUAGCUGCAUGAAGAAGUGCGGUUCUGAUCUUGGCAGCUGCAUAUCUUCUCAUUGCAGCGCGCUUUUGGAUCAGGAUGCAAAUGCCUACAGCGAAUGUCAGCAGACUUGUAUGACAACGCAUUGUGGUGCUGAUUGCGCCCAACGCUCUCUGGCGCUUGUGUCAUGCAACAAGUAUUGUGACGAGGCAAGCAGCAUGUAGUUUGAAGCCGUGAUGAAUUCUGUUUGAUCUCAGUGACAGCCAUAGAUGGCUUGCGCUGAUGCCACUCCCGGAGCUGUUUUUGACGGGCCGAGAUCUGGGACACUGGAGAAGUGGUAGC